GAGCAGAGCUCGCUGGCUUGAGUUUGUUUGCAAGGGACGUUCAGUUGCAAAGGUGGUGAGGGGAGAGAUUGUAGUAGGAUUCCAGAAAGCUGUGCUGCAGCCAGACUUGCUAACAAAAGGAUCCAGCCUGCAGCCUUGCAUUGCUCCUACAGUCAGAGCAGGUUUUUCUUCUAGAGCCAAGAGCAGAAAACACGAAUUGCUUCACCUCUGCCCACACUGCCAUCUCUUGGAAUGGAAGCAACACUGGAAACUUGCUGAUAACCUCACAGUGCUGUGUGAAGGGGAAAGGAACCACUUCUGGAGCAGCUCACUUGGGCACAAAGGCUGGAGAGGUUGAGCCAGAAUGUCUUCUGAAGCCUUUCUGAAGGAAAUGCAAACCAUUGGUGAGAAACUUCUCCUUAAGCUCCAGAAACUGCCCAAGGCUGACCCUGUGGAGAUCGUGUCCUUCUGUGUGGUGCUCCUGUUUAUUGUUACUGUUCUCGUGCUGAUGAUCAUCGCUUGCAGCUGCUGCUGCUAUAGCUGCUGUAGCUGCAAUGAGGGUCCUGACCACAGACGUAGGAAGGCCCAGGUCCGCCCAACUGCCCAUCCAUGAAGCGCAUCAAGAGGUGACAUAACCCAUUAUAAAGGACAUGCAUGGACAUCAUGAUUCAGUCCCAUGGGAAUGACUCUCUGCACUAAUGCACUGGAAAUAGCAAUAACAAUAUUAAUGAUUAUGACUCAGAGGAACAGAAACCACAGCAUGAAAUUCAUUAUUCCUGUGACACCUACUGCUGGGCUCCACGGUGUGAGCAGAAAGGUAACACAACUUUACCAAUAACUGUCUCCCUGUUUGGGGUGGGCUGGGACACCUGCUUCUGAUAAAAAAAGACACACUUACCCAAUAACAGUCCUGCAGCUGGGCUGGCCAAGGGUUCCUUUUGUGAGCAUCAAGCCACACACCAAACCACAGCACGUGCGAGCUGCCACGUGGCUAGGGGGCAUCUACUCUCUUCACAAGUGGCUGAUCCGGAUGGGUGAUGCUGAGUGCUAGCAAAACCACUGACAUCUCUGGGAUGUUGACAUGCUCAGAACAUCUUGGAUCAAGCCUAAACCUGCUCUCUCAAAAGCCAUGUGCAAUAGACACCUUCAGCUGAGAUCACUGCUGAAAACAACCGAUUGUCAACCUUCUGAUGUAAAUAUGCCAUCUGAGACUCUAUGUACAGCUCCCUGACUACAAAUACUCCCUGCCUUCUUUUGUGUCACAGUGAUGUGAAACUGUCAAAAAGAAGAAAUCAGGACAGGUGCAAUACCCUUUGUAAAGAGAAAGAUGAAGGCAUUUGAGAAAAAAAUCACUGAUGUUACAGUUUAAUUUGAUAAACGUGCUUCUUCCCAACCUCCAUGUGGUAGUUAGAUCUGUCAUGAAUUCUGCUCUUCUGCAUAUUGCAUGUGAGUGGUCCUUAGAGCAUGGGAGUUACAGGAGACAAACAAGACCUCAUCCUUACUCGAGGGACCUGUAUGCCUGACUCUGUGCACCAUGUGCAGCUUAUUUCAGUGGACAUAAACAAUAUGCCAAAGGUAUGUUUAUUAGCAUACACAAAGGCAUUUCAAAGGAGUGACACGCAGCAUGGUAAUUGUCACUUCAGGGUAUACAUGCAGCAGCGGACAGCUGGCAUUUUGACAAAGCACAGCCAAGAAUGGCCUGUACAGCUGAAGUUACCAAGUGAAAAUAAAUCCCUAUUCCAUGCUGCAGCCACUGUGUAUGUUUGGUUUACACCGCGGUGAACUUUAAGGAAUUUCUGUAAGUACAAAGCUAAGGUGCAGACAAGGACUUUUGUAACUGGGAGAGCCAAAUGGAAGAUCAUCAUAUUGCAUCCAACUCUGCAAGCCACUGGGCUUUCUUUCAGCCCAAAGUGUGAGAAAAGUCACUUUACAAGAAGGUAUAAAAAGAUGAGUACUCAUAGAUAAGUCAUCUUCUACCCCUUGCAUUCCACAUCCUAAGUGCAGAGGAGUCAAGGGGAUUACACAUAUACACAUAUGUAUACUAGAACCAAGUCCAGAAAGAGAGAAAAGAAUCAAGUUUUUAAGUGGGAUUUUAAGUAUUUUCAUGCUUCAGAAGGGUCAACAAAACAGAAACUUUGUAAAGAGACCUCUUUUCUCUGAUGCCUAUAUCCAAAUUACUAGAGUGCACAUUACACCUAUAGCUUCUCAUGUAUUUAAUGCACUUUAAAAAAAUAAACUAGAUGUAGGUAUUUUGCAUUUUUUCCACUUGCAUAUUGGAAUAAAUCUGCAGCCACUAUCACAGAGAAUAACCUAAAUUCAUGACAAAGUUCCUCAAACUACCAACAUUACUUAAAAAUUAAUUAAAAACAAAACAAAAACAGCAGUGAAAAAAAUUAACUAAAGCCAACAACCUGCCAGGCGAAAAUGGGGACAUUAUCCCCAUUUCCCAUAUCCCCUAUACUGAUCCCUAGAAAUUAAGCAUUUGAGCCCCAACUUGAUCACUGCAAUCAAAUGAGUAAAAUAAAACUGUACCAGUAUAAGCUGCUACAUGCACAGCCAUAUUAAGGCCAACAAAUUGCUGGCCUUCAUUAUACUAUCCCAAAGCUUCUACUUCCAACAGAUGUGUUAGGAUUUACUGUGAUCAACACGCCAAGAUGCACCUCAUUAACCUCUCUGUCAGAUGUUUUUGCUCCUUUUAUUUACAAACAAGAGACAACCAAGGUGACACAGAAGUCUCAGAACCUCUCUUCUGCAGGAGACAGCCUCAACAGACAUUUCAGUUUCUAAAUUAAAUCACGAGACAUGAGAAAGAAUAGAGCUUACUUUCUUUUUCCUAGCCUGUGCUAGACAGUGCCAGCUACAGCAGUUAACAGAAUCCCAUUGAGAAAUGUUUCAGCAGCAUGGAACCAGGCUGUACUAACAGUUAGGAGGAAACACAGCAGGCUGGAAACAUACCAACAGCUCUGACAGGUUGCUGUCAGUGGGAAUGAGCUGCCAGGAGCUAUUGCAAAAGGAGAGCCACAGAUACGUUUCCCCAGUCAUGUUACAACCUAAACCACUGACAGGCAGGGGAUAGCAGAAAUGGCUCUUUUCUUAUUUCUCCCACUGUAAUUUCAUGAAUUAGAAGCAGACAAUCUCUUUCAAAAAAGCACAGAGGAAGGCAGACUACUGAAAAACUGUUUCAAAUGCAGCAGUUUGAGUUUGCCUGGAAGAAACUGCAAAGGGAAACAGUUACUUCAGUCCUAAUGAUACGAGUGUUGAAAUAGCUUCUUUUCCUGAGAAACACAAAGCAGAUCACAGCCUCUCCAGAAGAAGCAGCUGAAGCUUCACCGACCACUUAAUGGAACAGCUUAUAUUCUGUAACAUCGUCUGUUAGGCUUCAGAGAGACUUGCUUGGCUUGUGAAAAACAAAUUUCCUUCCAUUGGUAACACUCAUACCUUCCUCCUCCUCUCUCACUUCUCUUUAGCACUUUCCCUCUGUUAUUCCCCAGUUCAGAAAGCAACAGGGAGAGUUUAUACUGCUAACAGCAGUACAAGGUUCUAUGACUUCAACCACUGAAAAUGUCAUGAUGAAGCUUGGACUAGAGGAUAGAGUUGUUGAGUUGUUCAGAGUCCACUUUACACAUAGCAACCUCCUAACAGAACUUGUAAUACAGAUACAGUCAAGACCCUAAAAAGAACUUCCUCUUCUCCCCCGUUACAACCUUCCAAAGAUAGAGGACAUGAAAGACCUCUACAAGCACUCAAAUAGGUGCAUAAGUGGAUAAAGGCAUGGAGACGAAGAAAUUAAUGACAUGUGAACUGAGCAUUUCUAACUAGGCUCAAGGCCUUUGAUUAGAUUAGCCACACCUUUGCAGGAGAGCCAGCUGUUAAACAUUUACUGCAGUACAAAUAGGUAAUUUUCAUGCUAAUUCUACAGCUCUCUAGGUGUAGUAAAGAGAUCCCUAGCCACAGGAUAAGAUCUUUUCAGGCAGGUGAAAAAGAGGCACCAGAAGAACUGCCCACUGCAAACUCAACAGCUUCAGCAGGGUGGAAGGCACCAUGUCAUCAGUACAAGAGAAAUCCUCUGCUCUGGAAGACCUAAGGAAUUGGAUUGCAACAAGUGACUGGGCUAUUGCAGGGUUAGCGGUGAUUGGCAUCUUCUGCCUUGUUAUUGUUGCUUUCUUCUUAAUUGCAGUCGUCUUUGGGUGCUGCUCAUCACCAAGACACAAACGGACUAGGGCAUAAAUAGUGAAGCUGAGGUGCAGUACUUGGAGCUCUGCAUUUAAGCAAGAAUCAGCCCAACUGCAAUAUGUUGUUCUCAUCUUCUGUCCUCAGAUGGUUGUUUCUCCCCAUACAGCUUUCCCACACUGAGAGCAAUGUACCUAUGCCAGCAGGUUGUUCUGCACGUCCACAGCAAACCCCACACAUGGCAAUCUGUAUUCAGGAAGUGAAUGAGGACUCUGGCAUUUCGUUAAUUAUGUCUCUACCUGAUUUCCGUCUUUCAAGCAAAACCACAGGAUAGACUUCCCAAGUGGUCAGCAACUACCUGAAAACAAUGAAGAUCUCUUCCACCACUGUAUUUGCUUGUUUGUUUUUCUAUUUUGCAAAUGGGCACUAGGAAAGUGACCAGCAGAAGCUUUGUCUGAAUCAAUUCUCUAAAAGCAGCUUAAACAGUUGUUCUCCUAUCAUACUCAAACAAUAGCCUAAAUAUACGAUGCAAAAAUUUGCCUGCCAGAAUACAAA